AUGCGCAACCGGUCACAGAUGGCCGCGCUGACCAACAAAGAGCGCGAGCUGUCCGCGGAGCGGCGGACGCUCGAGACGGGGGAGGUUCCGCGUGUCACGAGGGAGGUGGAGGCCCUUGAAGUGCAGAACGGUGAGCUGCGCGGGAAGUGGCAGGGAUUCGAGACGAAGCGAGCGCAGUUGCAGACGCAGCGGGAUCAGUUGCAAAGGGAGGCUGCAGAGCUUACGGAAUUGCUUGCUGAGAAGCAGGGACAAGUGGCCGCGCAGAGGGCGCGGCUCAGGGAGCAACGCGAGAGGGACAACCCGGAGCUGCGACUAUACGAAUCACUGCUCGGGCUUGCGGUCGACAACGCGGACGGACCCGCGGGCCACAUCACGUUCACGUUCUCCAGGUUUGCAGCGGAUAACAUGGACAAGACGUGCAGCGUCACGGUGAACGCUGGUGGGGACGGGGACACGGACACCAGUGCAGCGGUCGCAAUUGUACGCUGCGUCCCGCAAUUGGACGCCGAUUCUGCGGACUACAAGCAAUUGGAGGCCCUGUUGAAUGAGACGGGUCGUCUCCCGGAGUUCAUAUACCGUGCAAGGGUGCUGCUCGUCCAGAGAUGCACAACCAGCGGGACUGGAGACUCUGGUGACACGCUGUAA